UGUGUUAUUUUGUGCGUGAGUGGAUGAUUCUCCUCCGGCAUGAUGGAUGAUCCGCCGGCGGCGUCGUCUAACACCAAGCGCUUCCCCGCCGGCAUUGGAUCGAUGCCCUGGGUCCAAUCGCUCAAGAAAUAUGUGGGAUCCGGCGCGGGUCUGGGCUCCGAGGCGCUCAUGGAGCUCGAGACGAAGAGAAUUCUUCUCGACGGGUACAAGGAGCAGCAGCAAAGAACUCUACAGAAGGGAACCAUUCCAAGUUUUUACAAAAGGAAACCUUCUGAGGGAUCGAUUGGUGCCAAAGUCCAGCAUUUGGCGAGAUUCAGGUUUCUGAAGAAGCAAGCAGAGAUGCUGUUAAAUGCUGAUGAUCUCGAUGCUCUGUGGGUUUGUUUACGCGAGAACUGUGUCAUUGACGAUUCCACUGGAACUGAAAAGAUGAAUUACGAGGAUUUUUGUCACAUUGCAUCCCUAUGUAACGAUCAAAUCGGACCAAAGUGCCGACGGUUCUUCUCGCCAUCAAACUUCAUGAAGUUUGAGAAGGAUGAAUACGGUCGAAUUGCCAUUCUACCGUUCUACUUGUAUGUUAUGCGAACUGUAUCUUUGACACAAGCGAGGAUUGAUAUGAGUGAGCUUGAUGAAGAUGGAGACGGGCUUUUGCAGCCACCGGAAAUGGAGGCAUAUAUUAGAGGACUUUUUCCUAAUUUGGCUCAACUUCGAGAUAUCCCGGUUCCAUUCUUGUCUAUGUAUUGCCGAAUCGCUGCGCGUAAAUUUUCGUUUUUCUGUGAUCCUCAUCGUAGAGGAAAACUAUGUAUAAAAAAAAUACUUCUAAGUAACUGUCUAGCUGAACUCAUGGAACUACAUCGGGAAAACGAAGAGGAAGUUUCCGAAGGAGAACAUACAGAAAACUGGUUUUCUCUUGGCAGUGCUCAACGGAUUUGUGAUGUCUUUCUCGCGCUGGACAAAGAUAUGAACGGUACAUUGAGCAAGCAGGAGCUUCAAGACUAUGCCGAUGGCACAUACACUACAAUAUUUAUUGAACGAGUCUUUGAUGAACACGUCAGAAGAGGAAAAGGAGGUGGUGGGAAAGCUCGAGAAAUGGACUUCGACAGCUUUCUGGACUUCGUCCUUUCUCUAGAAAACAGAGACACCCCGGAGGGCCUCACUUAUCUCUUCCGGUGCCUUGAUCUCCAAAACCGAGGAUUUCUUUCAACGGGUGACGUACACACUCUCUUCAGGGACGUGCACAAGAAAUGGAUCGAAGGUGGAAACUACGACCUGUGCAUCGAUGAUGUGAAAGACGAGAUCUGGGACAUGGUGAAGCCGAAAGAUCCUCUCAAGGUCACACUCGCCGACCUCUUGGCAUGCCGGCAAGGAGGCACUGUAGCCAGCAUGCUGGUGGACGUGAGAGGCUUCUGGGCUCACGACAACAGGGAAAACUUGCUACAGGACGAGGAAGAGACUGAAGAGGAAGAGUAGGAAGAUGGUUGACAGAAGCGGGCAGCGACUGUUUGUACCACAUCAAAUACGGAAAGCCACAGACAGAGAUAUCAUCCUUGCAUGCUAAGAACAGGGCUUCGUCCUUACGGUUGUUGCCAUUCAGUUGAUGCGGUUUACAAUCUUUUUCCGCCUCGAAUCACUCGUGAGCACAUGGAACGGGACAAGCCAAGUCAAUUUCGUGGUACUUAUGCUUCAAAGUUUCUGAUCUUAACGCUUUGGCUCCAGUUUUUCCAGGAAUUCCAACCAGGCUCGCUCGCUCGCUGUUCACAAUCUGGAAAGCCAAUGUGCCGGACAGAUCGAAAUAAAUGAAACGCUGCCGAAAAGCUUGGAGCGAGCAACGAACUUCACUUUCUCUCUGGUAAGCAGCGUAAAGUUCUUUCCGGUCACUAUCGUCAGCAAAGCAGUAGCAGUAGCUAGCGGGCGAUCUGAUCAGCGCUGAGAGUAGCAGGGGCGAUUCAUCGAUUGCUCGCAAAGUGCUCGCUUGCGACAGCGCACCACUAAUCUCUGCUUGAGCUGCCAAACAGGAAAAGAAAGAGAAGAAGAAGAAGAAGAAGAAAAGAUUAAAAGUGACGAGCAAAGUGCUUUGCUUGACAUCCCAGCAACCGGUCUCUCGAAGAAAUAAAAAAUGCGUGAGUUUGCCCA